AUCCUCUUUCCGUCAUUCCAUUCUUCAUUCUACUUCAUUUGCCCUCUUUUUCCUCUUUCUUUUUCUUUCUUCCUUUCUCCCCCUUCUUCUUCCUUUCUCCCCCUUCUUCUUCCUUUCUCCCCCUUCUUCUUUGUGUCUCGCGUUUCAUAAGCCUUCUUUACACUUCCUCUUGAACAAAAAAGCUUCUCCUCUCUUCAAGCAUGUACCAUUCUCAGGCAAAUGUCCGCAAGAGACUCGAUUGUUACUAUCGGAACGUCAAGGCCGUAAUCCUUAAUCGGCAGAAUCCAACCACAGGCCUGAUCCCUGCAUCCGUCGCUGUUACAACUCAUGGAGACUAUCGUGAUGCCUGGGUUCGUGAUAAUGUUUACUCCAUCAUGGCUGUUUUUGGUCUUGCCCUUGCCUAUCGUCGGGUCGAUGAUGAUGAAGGCCGAGCAUAUGAGCUUGAACAUGCCGUCGUAAAGUUGAUGCGUGGUCUGUUGUUCAGUAUGAUGCGGCAGGCGCACAAAGUUGAGGCGUUCAAGAAGACCCAGGCUUUAAACGACUGUUUGCAUGCCAAAUACAACACUGCUACUGGAGACACUGUUGUUGGUGAUUCAGAGUGGGGCCAUCUGCAAAUCGAUGCUACAUCCAUCUUCUUAUUGGCGCUGGCACAAAUGACGGCCUCCGGGAUAUUGAUUGUGUAUACGACAGACGAAGUUGACUUUAUUCAGAACCUUGUGUUUUACAUUGAGCGUGCAUAUCGCACACCUGAUUACGGUAUUUGGGAGAGAGGUAACAAGAUUAACCAUGGUGAACCCGAGUUGAACUCAUCUUCGAUUGGUAUGGCCGUCGCUGCUCUACAAGCAAUCAAUGGCGUCAAUCUAUUCGGGUCACGCGGUGGACCCAGCUCGGUCAUCCAUGCAUUGCCUGACGAGAUUACACGCAACUAUACCACCUUGCACUCAGCUCUUCCAAGAGAGUCAAACUCAAAAGAAAUCGAUGCAGCCUUGCUUUCAGUCAUCGGAUUCCCGGCUUUUGCGGUCGGUGAUGCUAAACUUGUUGAGCGCACUCGAAACGAGAUCAUUGAGAAGCUUGGAGGCAAAUACGGGUGUAAGCGAUUUCUGCGUGAUGGCCAUCAGACUAUCGUCGAAGACACAAGUCGUCUCCACUAUGAUGCUCACGAACUCAAGAUUUUCGAGGGUAUUGAAUGCGAAUGGCCCCUGUUUUUUACGUACUUCAUCUUGGAUGGAUUGUUCAAUGAGAAUGAACAUCAAGUCGAGGAGUACCGCUCAAAACUCGAGCCCCUUAUCAUUGACUCAGCAUCGCUGUUGGACUUUGGUCAAUUCAUUUCAGACUCGAUCUCUGACAACGAGGAUGGUCGAGGACCAAAGACACCGACUUCACCAGGAUUCACCACACCAGGCAGUGAUAACAAGCUCCCUGAGCAUAUUCCUCUUAUUCCUGAACUGUAUUAUGUGCCUCACCAUUUAGUCGAAGCUGAAAAGAAGGAGAACCAUACCCAGGCCCGUGUGGCAAAUGACAACAUCCCUCUUGUCUGGGCAAACUCUCUCCAUACUCUUGGAAGCCUUAUCUAUGAGAACUUACUCAGCGUGGCAGAGAUUGAUCCUCUUGGAAGACGCUUUAAUGCUCGCAAGACUCAACCCAAUGACACUGUAGUUCAGGUUGUGCUUCUGGCUGAGGACGCCAAUUUACAGAGUAUGCUCAAUAUGUACGGAUUGGAAACCCAGACCAUGGAUCAAGUCCACCCUAUCACCGUCAGCCAUCCUCAGGGACUCAAGGAAGUGUAUUCGGCUCUUGGAAAGAAUACAAAAUUGGGAUUGUCAGGACGACCCAAGCGCCCUAUCGGAUCGCUAGGAACUUCCCGCUUGUAUCGCGUCCAGGGCCAUCUCUAUGCAUUCACUCCCGAUUUCCUGGAUAAUGAGGAAUUUUAUCUGACCAGCGAUAACGACUAUCUGAUUUCCAUAUUUGAGCAAGAGUUGGCUUUCGUCCGUCAAUAUUGGGUCUCUCCUGGGCGACCUACCAUGACUAUUUUAUUGACGCAUGCCAUGCUGGGCGGACUAUCAAAGUCACGUAGCUUUGCCUCUCAGACCGAAGAUAACUCCCAGCCACUGACAACGUGGAGAAAAGGCUUUGGUUCUGCCCAAAAAGACAACAAGCGUAAUCUCCUGAACUUCUUCAUGACUCUUCGCAGCGGUGUGGUCAACAAUGUUCGUGUUCGUUUGGGCCGCUUGAGCGAGAUGGUCAACACUUCUUGCAUCGAGUCUCUUGACUUUUUAGUUACCAAGAAGGAUAUUGAUUGGCUCGGUAUCUUGCGAGGUGCUGCAGAUCGCCGUAAGGGUCGUCAUGCCAGGAAAUUGGGACUGAAUGAAAAGCAAACGCAAGCCACCACUCCUGGGGGAAGUAGAACUCCCAGCCAUCGGUGGUCUAUGCGUCGUCGAUCAUCUUCGUUUGGAAUAGGGCUUUCACUUACAACUCCUGCUGUGAAUACUGCUGACUUUGACGGAGACGGCUACUUUGCAUCCCAUUCUCAAGCCCAAGUACCUUCUGAUUCACAUAUCCGUAGUGCUUCAACCGCCACAACACCCUCUGCCUCCGAACGUCAGGAACCUUAUACAGUUAAGAAAACUAAGAAGGCUUUCAAGCUCAAAGACCAUGAAGAACCUCGUCCCAAAACAACCAAGAAUGGAGCCACAAGCUCAGGUGGCUUAACUCCCGAUUUGGCAAACUUAGAUAUCACUGAGGCGCAUGCGGAAGGAGAUGAAGACUCUGAGGAUUCGGCUGAUGGUAUGGACAGCUUAGGCCUAACUCUUGGGGAUCCAUCCAAUAUGGAGGCUGCACAGAAUAUGCUCUCCAUCUCGGUAAACCUGUAUGAUCAGAUUGAUUUGCUACAAUACCUUUUAUCAUGUCAAGGCAUGGACUACUAUGUCAGCAACUUGGAUGCGACCGUCCGCACGCUAUUGGAGGAAGUCUACUUCAAAUCACUCCAGCUCAAGCUUUGGUCAAUUGUUCGUCAGGCCGCUGGACUCUUAAAUAAGGUCGUCCAUUCUUUGACCAUCAAUAUUACUGACUUGGUCAUUCGCCAAAAGCAAAUUACCAUCGGAUCAGGACCUACUGAGCAUUUUAUUACAACCCCGGUUGGACCUGAUGUACUAAGCCGCAUGAUUUAUGAUGGUAACUUCGAUGAUGUUCGUGAGGGUCCCGUUGUUCAAGAGGUCCUAAUCUACCUCGGUUCUUUUAUCAGAGCUGAUCCAGAAAUGUUUGAGGGUAUCAUGCGUCUGCGUACGCAUUUCCUGAUUAUUGCCUUGCGCGAGGAAAUCUCUCGUCUCAACAGUUGUGACGAGACGGAUGCUAUUGAGCACCUGAUGCAGCUUUCCCCAUUCGAGCUUAAAUCAUUGCUAGGAACCGUACUUUCUGGCCCUACGCUUAGCUCCAAUGCUACCAACACUCUUCUUCGAAGCCAGACUUCUGGCCGAGCUAGCCCUGUCUCUGGUCGCCGUGUGCCGGGCAACGUUUCCUUGGCUGGGGAGACCGCUGACGGUGCUGCAGCAUUAAACAUCGCCUCAUCUUCGUCAUGGGGUGCCGUCCCCAUCCCUAACAUGGCCAAGGAUUCAACCACAUUCACUAUCAAGGUUCAAUCCGGAGGCUAUCAUUCAGGAAAUUUUUCCAAGAUCAUUAUUAAUGACAGUGCUAUGUCAAUUGUGCCCUCUCGUGGAAUUAACAUGGUUGUUAUUGACCCUUUUCAAGGCGUUGUCAUAGAAUCGGUCUCAUUCGAUACACAUAUUUCUGAGGAUGAGAGUGAUGAUCUUGCACGCCUGGUGGACUGGCUUCAUCCUGGUAUGAUUGUGAUAUGCGCUUGUAAGGAUGACUGCUUUGAGCACUUGACACUUGCGGCACGCCUCGCCCUUAAACAGCUGGGCAGCAAACACAUCAACGAUGUCAAAUAUCGUGACUCCUGGUGCAUGAUUGGCGAAAAGGGCAUUGAACCAGGAAUGGCGGCUGAGGCGCACAAAUCCUACAUGGAUGGACCUACCGCAGUCCUUGAAAAAACAUUUGAUUUGGCAACAUGCAAGGCCAAAGCGAACAACGUGGAAACUUUCCCUUCUCCAUCUGCCAUUGCUGCUUUUGUUCCCAACUCCUCGGGACGAUGGCUGCGUCGCCGCAAGAACGAUGGCUCGUUGCAUCGUGUUCCCGACAAAUUCUACCCACGCGUGUGGAGCAUUCUUUCACGUGCUGCAGGUUUCCGAAUUGGAUCUCACUUCUUGCCUCGUGAUCCCAUCAUAUCUGAAAAGACUCCUGAGGAGUUUAAUUUUGCACUUGCUGUUGAGAACUUUUUAGGAGUCAUUCUUGACCCAGCAGAACGCCAGAUUGCUGUUGAGACUCUGAUGGUGAUCGCCAAAAUUGAAGACCGCAACCCAGGAAUGGAGGUGCAGCCCGAGGUGAUUGACCUGCCUGUGAUUAUACGUGAGGCAAUGGAAAACUUUUGGACCAAAUGGGUUAUCAAUGGUCCUGUUGGGAAAGGUCAGGCUCUGGAAGGAGGAGCUUCUGGUACAAUAGCAGGUGACUUGAAGAUGGAGAAGCAUGAGCCUCUGGCGCGGAAUAUGUUCUAUGAUUUGCCGCAGGAGGGUAAAGAAGGCACAUUUGCAUACUUGGCUCGAGCUGUUCUUAAACUUCUCCCGUAUUCGAUUGACUUGGAGUAAUUUGAUGGUCAAAUAGAGAACAUGUAAUAAAAAUAGAUUUGGGAUUAAGACAAAAAUCGAC